UAAAACGGAUUUAGCCUGUAUGUUUGACGUUAAACGCUCUUCUAGUUUCGUGUUAAUCCAACUGCGUUAUAAAUAUAUAUAUUUUGGUUUUCAAGUAAGAUGCGUAACCUCUUAGCCCCAAGUUGUGGGAUACUUUUUUCCUCAGUUCUAAUUGUCACUGGAUUGUUCUUCCUAUUCAUCUUUCCCUCCGUCCUUGAAUACUUUGCCAAUAAGGAAUUCCUACUAUCACCAAACUCCCAGAGCUUUAAACACUGGAAGAAAACUCCUCUGCCGAUAUCGUUGGAUUUUUACCUUUUCAACUGGACAAACCCACACUUGAUAGACAAAGAGAAGCCGAAAUUUACGGAACUUGGACCCUACAGGUUUUAUGAGACAAGAGAAAAAAGUAACAUCUCGUGGAACAAAAAUGGUACAGUCAGUUAUCGCCAAAGGAGAACCUGGUUCUUCGACGAGAGCUCAUCCAAUGGUACACAGGACGAUGUCAUUUCUACCAUCAAUGGUGUCACUUUGACAGCAGCGUACAUGGUGCGUCACUCAGGCUAUCUGCCGCAGCAGUCACUCAACAUGGCCUUCACCUUCACCAAACAGAAGAUCUCAGUCUCUCACACUGUCAGAGAGUUGCUGUUUGACGGAUACGAGAACAAUCUCAUGUCUCUGGCCAACAAACUCUCACCUUCCCUCACACCAAUGUCAAGCCCCUUCGACAAGUUCGCUUGGUUCUACCAGAGGAACGACUCCUACGCGUAUGAUGGAUGGUUCAACCUCGACACCGGAGAAAAAGACAUUUCUCAACUCGGAGUCAUCAAAUCUUGGAAUGGCAAGAUCAACAGUGGGUUUUACAGUGGGAAAUGUGGGGAAAUCAAGGGAUUUACCGGGGAUUUAUUCCCUCCCGGAUAUGUGGGCAGGGAUACCCGUCUCAAUCUCUUCAGUCAAGAUCUCUGCAGGACUCUCCCGUUCGACUACACGGGCAACGCCGAAGUGGAGGGUAUCCAGGGGCUUCGCUACACCGCUGGUCUCCACCUCAUAGACAACGGCUCCCUAGAUCCUGACAACUCCUGCUACUGUAACGGCGAGUGUGUUCCUCCAGGGUUCCUCAACCUCACAUCAUGUCGCUUCGGUGCUCCGGUGUUCGUCUCCUACCCUCACUUCCACCAAGCACACCCUGUGUUCCUCAAGAGGGUGGAAGGUCUAGAGCCGGACCCUGAGCGGCACGAGUUUUACUUCAGUAUUGAACCUACGUAUGGAGUUCCAAUUGAUAUCGGAGCUCGCGUUCAGCUUAAUAUGUUGAUGCAGCCAAUCCCGCACAUAUCGAUGUACAAGAACGUACCCCGGGUUAUGUUCCCUGUUCUCUGGGUCGACCAGCGGGUGACCAUCAGUGAAGCACUGGCCUGGGAGUUAAGGUUGGUACUCCUACUGCCCACCCUCGCAACGAUCGCCGGGGUCUUCGCCCUCUCCUCGGGGACCAUCCUCUUCGUCAUCCUCCUAGCCCUCCGAUCCAGGAGGAAAAACGCCGAGAAGGAAGGAAACAAACCCUGCUAGGAUCAGAAGUGGCAGUCGAAGGACCUGGAAGAAAUCAAGAGUGUGCGGUCAGUAAUCGAAAGUUUCGUUUUCGAUAUGGAGUCGCAAUAGGAAGUUUGAGCUCAAAGUAUUAGUUGAUUUAGUUUUACGGCUUACCAAUGACAAAUUUAACCUACUGUCAGAAAAUGUUAAAUUUUAAACUACACUAGGGGCCGCGAGAGUCUGAAGUUGGUGGCAGCCAAUCAAGACUGGACUAGUGCUACUUUGAAACAUCACCCGUUUUCUAUUUUUCGUCACUAAUUAAAAUAUACGAAACAUAUUUUCAACUCAGCUAAUAUUAUUACUCGUAGAUUUGGCAACACCGCACUGUCCUCAUUGGCUCCUUCGAAGUCACGUGGUAAAUAGGCUCAUCUCUCAACUGCAGACUCUCGUGGACCGUACUGUAGUUUGUUGUGGGCGAGGUAAAGGUUUAAACUCCAAAUUUACUGAAUUCCCCCUCUAGUUAAACUAAAUCUUUGUAUUUAAAUUACUGUCCUUCAGAAUUAUAACGGUUAAACCAUUAUUUUUAUCUAAAUAUUUUAGAAUGGGUGCUGUUUACUUUCUGCCAAUGCUUAAUUAGUUUUAUGCCUGGUUCUCUAAAAUAUUUGCACAAGAAUUUGCAGAUUAAUGGUUACUUUUGUGAAAAAAAACCUUUGUACUACUAUUGAAUAAUAUUUUAUUUUACGAGUUGUAUUUUAAAAUAUAUGUACGGAACCGUUAAGUGGUCUUUCAAACCCUAACUUAAGUUGUCCAAUCUGAAAUCAUAAAUUUAAUCAAUCAGAUUUUAACACAGGUUUAAGUGUGUGUAAACUUUGAUAGCAAGACGCAAAAGUUAAACAUUGCUAUGUUGUGGAAUGGCGAAUGAAUAAUUUGCAUGUAAAAUAGAUAAGUGGUUAAAAUGUAAUAGCAAUAAAAUGUAUCAUACAACAAUCGACUGAAAUUACACUAGUUACAUUUUAUUGAUAAGCAUUUAUAAUUGUAAAGUAGUAUAAAGAUUUAAGAGAUGUUUUACUAUCUCCAAACACUCUGUGGGCAAUGAUUAAUUCAUAUAGUUUGCAUAUUUGUAGAUGAUCAAUUUUUUCACCCUCUCUAAUUCCUCUGUAUUGGGAAUUUAUUAAUUUGCAUCAUUAAUCUUUUAUGUUUUAUCUCAUAACUAUCACAAUUUUCAUGUGAUAAUAGAGUUGAAUAAGGACAAUAACGUAACUUUUUAUCAAACACCAAGCCUAUAUAAACAAUAAACGUGCAAUUGUGAAAAAAACAAGUGACGGAAUGUCCGGUGAAAAAAUUGUACAUUAAAAAUUUUAUAUCAUUUGAAAAAACCUGCACAAGUCUUGUACUCAUACACGGUAAAAAACUAGGAGUAUGUAGGAUUUUCUGACAUACGGUUAUGGAUAUUAUUCCAAUUUAAAAGACAUUUAAUUGACAACAAAACUGUCAAAGUACACUUUUACAACGUUUUAUAAAAUUGUGUACAGUAAGGUAUAGAAAUAACAGAGGAAAUAUAAUCCUCUAUAUGUAAAUAUUUGUAGAAUAGUUUGUAUAAAUGUGAUAAGUAAAAACUGUUACCUAAUAAUAAUAAUUGUUGUUUUUAAUCCAGUGUUGUGUGAAUAAAAAUGUUAUACAUUGUUAACAAUAAC